AUGAGACUUGCAUUUUUUAAAGAAUCUGCUGAUAAAAAGUUUGAACAGAUAUAUGAACCACACAGAUGUGUACAAACUGUAGUUGCUAGAGGUAUUACCAAUACUAUUUAUGUAUGAAUUGUACUUAAGAAUGCUUUUAAAUACAGGAAUAUUGAGCAAUUGUAAACAGCCAAUAUUUUAAAUGUAUUACACUUCUAUGAUUAAAGAGAUAAUAAUUUAAUAUUAUCUAAGAGCUGUAUAAGUGAGUUUAAUGUAAUAGCUAUUGUGAGUGACAUGGGUUUCUCUAAUGUUGGUUUAUGGAGAGAUCUGGGUAUUACUAUAACUAACACAUCAUUUAAAAAUCUCAUGACAGACAAAAAGGUCCAUGUUUUUACUGAUGUACCCCAUCUAUUGAAACUUUCCAGGAAUCAUUUUCUCGAUCAGUAAAUUGUCUAUUACCACCAGGUCAACUACUAUUCAAAUAAUUAAAAAUUAGAAAUAAUAUCAUUUUGACAGAGGAUUUGUUUUACCUAAUAGUUAGUACAUAGAUAAAAAUGUUUUACAAGAAUUGAUUAAAUGAAGGAAAUGAUUUCAAGUGGCACAUAUGAUUUCUGACCGUCAUAUUUCCAUAAAGGGUACAGCUCGAAUGAAUGUAAGGUUAGCUGCAAUUGUAUUUUCAAAUACAGUUUCUAAUGACACACACUGUUUUAUAAAAAUAAUGAGUAUAUGAAUAAUUUUAACUAGAAAGAAGUAAAAUUCAAAAUAUUAAAUUAAGUAUUUAAACAAAGGUUAAUGUUUAACUGUUUAGGCCUCAGAAAUGAUAAGUCUUUAUAAUUGGUUUGAUCUAAUGAACAUAAAUUACCAUUCCAGAAAAGUGAACAUUAAGCAUGUAUAUUCUUGAAAUUAUAUAAAUCAAACUUUAUGUAUGUACUACAUGUGUAUCAAAAUGUAUUUUUAACAUUUCAAUAAUAAAUUAUUAAUUAGGAAUCGUGAUAUCCAAUACAUCUCUGAUUAAUUUAUUCAAAGAUGCAGAUGAAUAUGGAGUUUUUUACAUCACAACUAGGAAACUAAAUCAAAGUGUUUUGGAAAACCAAUUUAGUUUUCUAAAAGGAAUGGCCGGGUCAGUAAUUGUAUAACAGCACUUGAUUUUAUGUAAUGGAAUGUAUAAUAUGAAAGUAUUAUUAUAUGUUUAUUUCAUAUUUUUUAUUUAGUUUUCAUAAAAAAUUGCCAUUAUAUAUUAGUCAUAGGUAGUACAUUUUGGGUAAACACUCAAAUGUCGUAUUUACCGAAAAUAGAAAUACAGAGGAUAGAGUGGAGGAGAGUUUUCUUGAUAGCUUUGAAUGCUUAACUGGUGAAGUCAUGAAAAAUUCAGACCUUUUACCUAACACCUCAUGUGAAAGACCAGAAAUAUACUGUGACCAAGAUGAAGUUGAAACUGAUUUGGGAACUACAAGAGUUCAAAUUCCCAAUAAUAGUUUUGAUUUACUAAAAUAA